GAGAGAGGAAAGAAAACAAAAAACACACAAACCCAGAGAAGGGAGGUGAGGGAGGGAAAGUAGAAGUCCAAUAAUAUAAAGAUGAGUGACUUGACUUCACAUUCUGUUUAUAGCAUAGUAGGAGUCUACGCUAAGAGCAAGAAAGAAUCUUUAGCUACAAAGACCACAAAAGUCAUCAAAACCUUUUCUUGCCUUUGAACUUUUUCAAAGAAAUUAAUCAACUUCUUCUACUUCUAUACACUAUAAUAAGAUCUGCCAACUAACUUGGCUAGCAGAGAACUUGAGAAAACCUAACAAUGGACAGUGUAGUUCAGUUGCAAAGGCAGUUAGUUGACUACAGCGCUCAACUGUUUAAUGAGGGAUUCUUGGAUGACCAGUUUAACCAACUUCAACAGCUUCAAGAUGAGAGCAACCCAGAUUUUGUAGUUGAGGUUGUGACUCUUUUCUUUGAAGACUCUGAAAGGCUUCUCGAUGAGCUGGCCAAAGCUUUAGAGCAGCAAAGUGUAGAUUACAGGAAAAUUGAUGCCCAUGUUCACCAGUUGAAGGGUAGCAGCUCCAGCAUUGGGGCUCAAAGAGUUCAGAAAGUCUGCAUUGGCUUCCGCAACUUCUGCGAGGAGCGAAACAUAGAAGGGUGCCAAAAAUGUCUGCAGCAAGUGAGGCAUGAGUAUUCCCUCGUGAAAACUAAGCUUGAAACUCUGUUCAAGCUUGAGCAAAAGAUCUUGGCAGCAGGAGGGUCAAUUCAUUGGCCAAUGUAAUGAGGUGAAAAACAUUGCAGAAGAUCACAGCCAGAAACAGCAAAAUGGGAUUUUGGAUAUGUAGAGAAGCUUUUGUUUUCUUCUUCAUUGCUCUUCUUUUUCUUUCCGCAUUUCCUGUUGAGUACUUGAGCUCUAAACUUUUCUGAUUAUCGUUUUAGCUUAAGCUUGUAUUAUAUCCAAUGACUGAGCAAUGAUGAAGAGUGUGAAUAAACCAGUACUUUGUUCAUUA